AUGCCAUUCGUAGACAUGUUCGAUCUCUACAAUGCGCCUGAUGCUCUUGCGAGCAAGAAAAAGGUGAGCAGCAGCAUCACAGGGAGUGUAGCAAAGAGCUUCAUUGAGGAUCCUCCAGCAGCUGGUCCUUCGAAAGAUACAACACCAACUCCAUCUCCCCUCGAGCAGCCAUCUCCGCCUGCACCAGUCGGGUGGACCCCUCAUCCACCAGCUCCUGUCGAUCAGACCCAACCAGCUGCCCCUGCUCAAACAGGGGAUGACUUAUCGAGCCACGCUUUAAGGUGGCUAUGCUCGGGGGUCAUUACUGAGCAAUCCAAGGCGUCCGAGCAACGACACACUGAGGAGAUUAAGGUAGUUGAAGCGAAAUAUAAAGAGCAGCUUGAGGCAGCUCAGAAGGCUAAUGCGGCAUUGCUUGAGGGGAAAAAUAAAAUGGCUGAGGAGAUGAAGGAGAAACAGGCUGCUCUAGACAAAGCUCUCGAGGCUAAGGUGAAGUACAAAGAUUCUCACCUUAUCAAUUUUCGCGAAGCCAAAAAGCUCGAGGUAGACCUGAUCGAGAGCAGGCAAGAGUUUGAUAAGUUGGAGGCUCGCAUCAAGGAUCUCGAAAAAGCCAACGCCAGAAAUCUGGAGAGAUACAAGGGCACCACGUCCAAGUGUUUCUAUGAUUUUUGGAAACACAAUCAAGGGGCCAAUUUCAGCUAUCUCUCUGAGCGCAUGAGGCAAACAGAAAUAGCCCGGUGCAUUGCUCGCUUGGAAGAAGAAGAGAGAGCGAAAACCCCAGCCUCGCCCGAGAUCUCCUUGGCCAUUGGCAUUGAAGGUGUGGAUAAUGAAUUUGAAGCUGCAGUCGACCAAGAAAAUCCACAAGACCCUCCUGCCUCAUGA